AUGCCUGCCGACGACCGAAGCGGCAAACAGGCUGCGGCCCAACAAGCCGUCGACAUUCUGCAUGAGAUCUCUACCAUUCUCAACUGCCACUUGGAUCGUCGCACACUCUCCAUAUGCAUUUCAAUGAUUGAGAAUGGAGUCAACCCCGAGGCUCUCGCCACUGUUGUGAAGGAGCUGAGGAAAGAGUCUCAGGAAGUAGACGCACAGAUCGCCUCGCGGUAG